CAUUUGAAAGGCGCAGCAGCAGUUCAACCGCGUUGCUUGAACAAAAAGGACAGAUCUCGGGUACGCUUAACAAACCAUAGAACUAUCACAACAAAAGUUUACCGCCAACAGCAGAGAAGGGUAGUCCAACGGUAAUAAGACUAGCACUCUUUGCUUCGUCACGCACUCAACGUCGAGUUGACUGCAAGCACAACCAAUUCCGCAAAUCCGCAUCUCUCCCUAAAACGUCCACCGAAUCGCAUAAAUGUCCGCACCAGCAGAUGCAUCAAAAACCCUUGCCUCCGCCAACCGCUUCUCCCCCGUAGCCCUUCGCAACAACGCAGGAGUCCUCCAGUAUGCGCGUUCUUCCCUUGCCUUUAUAUCCGGUGCCGCAGCCGGCAUCCUGGGUCUAGAAGGCUGGCUCCACGGAUUCCUCUUUUACGUAGCCUCUUCCCUCGUUCUCUCCCUAAUCUUGUGGCUAAAGACCGGAUUUAACCCAAAGCGCUACUUUCCCACACCGGAUAUGUUGUGGGUACAUGAAGUGGCUGGAAAUGCAUUCAGUUACUUGUUGUUUUGGACGCUGGCGUAUGGACUGGUGCAUGUGUAUGAUUGAGAGUUGUUUUCUCUGGGAGGGGUGUGGCUGGAUGUCAUAAAACGGUGCAAUAUAUCUUACAUCUCAAGGUUGCAUUCUCUUCCAG